AUGAAAUUCGUGAUAAAAUCUGAACUGGAACUGAUUUUGGGUGGAAAAUGGGAGAAAACGAUUACCGAAAGAGUAGAUGAUGUGGCAUAUCAAAUUGAAUUACCGUCGUCACUUGUUAAUCAUCAUGAUGCGUUUCAUGUGUCUCAGUUGAGGAGAUACAUUGCGGAUCCUUCGCAUGUUGUCCAAUUAGAUGAUGUUGAUGUUAGAGAUAAUUUGACCAUGGAGGCAUUACCUCUGCGGAUAGAAGAUAGGGAGGUGAAACAACUCCGAGGUAAAGAGAUCGUUUUGGUAAAGGUCGUUUGGGGUGGACCGGCUGGAGGAAAUGUGAUGUGGGAGCUUGAAAGCAAAAUGAAAGAUUCUUAUCCCGAUUUGUUUGCUUGA